CAUCUCAAGAGCCUCACGACAAGCGCCGACGACUCAAUUACCUCGACAAUGACGGCCCCCAACACUCCUUCGUCGCCUCACAUGUCUGAGCUCACGCUCCAGGCGGACCAGAACCAGAUCAACAACACUGGCCUGCAGGAAAAGUCGGACUUGGAGGAGGGUAGCACGCAACCGACACCACCACCCAAGAGUGGAGCUCCGGACGGUGGACUCAGAGCUUGGCUCGUCGUGCUUGGCGCCUGGUGUACUUCUUUCUGCAGUUUUGGCUGGGUUAACAGUGUUGGAGCUUUUCAGGAGUACUACCAGAAUGACCUUCUUAGCAAUUACUCAUCAAGCACCAUCGCUUGGAUCCCCUCGCUACAGAUUUUUUUCAUGAUGGCAAUGGGUCCCAUUGUUGGAAAGCUCUACGACACGUAUGGUCCUCGCCAUCUCAUCUUUGUGGGAACUCUCUUCCACGUCUUUGGCGUCAUGAUGGCCUCCAUCAGCACCCAGUACUAUCAAGUCCUUUUGUCGCAAGGAGUCUGCUCUGCCAUUGGAGUCUCUGCCAUUGUCCAACCUGCCCUGUCCGUCAUCCAUGCAUGGUUCGACAAGAACCGAGGAGCCGCCUUCGGCGUCCUCUCCACCGGUUCAAGCAUCGGUGGUGUCAUCUUCCCCAUCAUGGUUAGCCGGAUGAUCAAGGAGGUUGGUUUUGGCUGGGCCAUGCGCACCUGUGGCUUCUUGGUUCUCGGCCUGCUCAUCAUUGCCAACCUUACCAUCAAGGCUCUGCACCCCCCGCACCCCCAGAACAUGAGCAAGGCUCAGAUGGUGAAGCCGCUCCGUGAGCCAGAGUUUGUGCUUAUCAUUCUCGGUUUCUUCUUCUUCACCUUUGGCAUGUAUGUCCCGAUCAACUACCUUCCGGUCCAGGCGCUUCAGGUUGGUCUGAAGCCCAGCAUUGUCGACUACCUCGUCCCCAUCCUCAACGCGGCCAGUUUUUUUGGACGUGUCAUCUCUGGUAUCUUGGGUGACAGGAUUGGAAAGUACAACAUCUUUGUCCUUGUCUGCUACCUGACUGCCAUCUGGAUCCUUGCCCUUUGGAUCCCCUGCAAGACCGAGGGUGGAAUCAUUGCUUUUGCCGCCCUCUUCGGUUUCUGCUCCGGCGCCUACGUCUCCCUCAUCGGACCCCUCGUGGCCCAGAUCUCGCCCAUGCGAGAGAUUGGCUUCCGAACCGGCAUCGUCUUCUUCGUUGCCUCCAUCAGCGGUCUCGUCACCAACCCCAUCGCCGGAGCCAUCAUCGACAAGCCGAAUGGUUGGGUUAGCGUCAAGGUCUUUGCCGGAGUGUUUUGUCUGGCUGGUACGACCUUUAUCCUCGGUGCGAGGGUUCACCGUGUUGGAUGGAAGAUCAACGUCGCCUUUUAA